AUGUCUUUUAGUGAAGGAAACGUCGCAGAAAGUUGCGGGCGUGGUCGUGCAAGAGGACGAGGAAGAGGACGUGAUAGUGCCGAGACCUCUGACGAGUUAAGUCAAAUCCGUGCUGAAAGGCAAAUAGCACAGCGCAGGGUUGCGGCGUUGUCGCCUUCCAUCAAGAAAGAGCUGCUGCAGAAAAAAAAUAUAAAUUAUAAUUAUUAUUCGUAU